AUGCCUGCUGAUCCAAUCCCUACAAAUGAGGAGUUUGUUGAGGUGGAAGAGAACCUUACGAAGUCCUACAAAUUAUUUAAGAAAGCUGUAGAGACUGGAAGAAGACACAAGAAGAUCGCCAACCGUAUGAAGAAGCGCUGUGUCCGUCUCGGUAAUCCGAAGGUUCCUACAAAGGUCUAUAAAUCCGGCUCCAUCAAGAACAAGGACCAUAACCUCGUUAAGCUCCCAGUCGAAGUUAAGAACAUGAUCUUUAAAGCGCUCCCAACUACAACUGAUCGUGCUUGCCUCGGUCUCACCUGCAAGGAUCAAGCCGCAGUUUACGACCAGCUCAAGACGGAGAAGAACAAGAAAGACUACAUCCAACAUGUUCCGAAACGCGCCACUGACGUCCAUCGCCUCCAGAUGCUCGUCCGUCUCAAGACCGACAUGCCCGCGAAGUACCGCCUCUGUUACUCCUGCCUCAAAUUCAUCGACACCACCCACCGUGACAAUGCGGGCCAAUGGGGAGGAAGUGAAGAGCGAGUCAGUGGUGGUAAGACAACAAAGACUGCGAUGAUCGAAGGUCCCCGCUGCCCGUUGUGCGUUGCCGCCCAAAAGCUCGAAACAGCGAAGUACAAGGAUACUUACAAGAAGUACCUUGCUCUCGCCGAUGAGGUAUCAUUCAAGUAG